AUGACGGAACGUCGACGAACUCCGUCCGUCAGAGGCCCGGCCCCAACAGCAGGUGCCGCGGGUGCCCUCUCUUCCCUUGCCAAGCCGGGUCGCACCGUAACGGCCGAUUCGACACGUCGAUCGAUCCUAGGACUCUGCAGCUGCUUCGGCGCCGCUGCGUGCAAGGGCCGCCGUUUCGUGGACCCGUCAGAAGACGACAGCAACCUGCCGUCCGUCAACUUUGUCGGCAAAAUCUGCCCGGCGAACGGAACCGGCGACCCGCACUUCGUCGGCGCUGACGGGUCGCGGUUUGAUUUCAGCGGGCGCCCCAGCGAAAACUACGCCCUGAUCUCCGACGUACACGUGGCAGUAAACGCGCACUUUGGGGGGCGGUGGGGCGAAUGGGAAGGGCGCUUUAAGGCGCUGACGUGGAUGCGAAAGAUCUCGAUUCUGUGGGGUCACCACUCGAUCGUUUUCGAGGCUCGCGAAGGGUGGGAGUCUGGUUACCGAAACGGUUACCUCCAACGACUGUCGGUUGAUUCGGAAGACGUGAAACUUGGCCGGCCCGGCUCGCACCUGGAUGUUGUUUCGUUUUUCGACGGGCAGGUUGAGCUGCGAUGGGCAGCGGCGAAAAAAUCCGUGAAAGGCGAGCUGGUGGACGAGUACGACGUUCGCAUAGGCGACGUGCUGUCGCUCAGACUGACGCUGCGACCCGAGAUGGCAGCGCUUCGCACGGACGACGACGGGGUGGUGCAUUUCACGGUGGACGUGCUGAGCGCGAAGCUGUCGCCCAACGUGCACGGCGUACUGGGUCAGACGUUCCGCCCUGACUUCAUCGGACGCCUUGAGCGGCAGAAGCUAGUGUGGAGCAACCUUUUCAAGACCCAAGUGGUUCCUGGGGACAACGCGGAGGGGUUCAUCGACGGCACUGUAGACGACUACAGGUGUACCGACCUCGCCCAUUCGGACUGCGCCUUUUGUCGCUUUGUGCGCGCGGAAACACUGGACGAUGAAACCGCCUCCGCUAUAGAGCUGGCUGCAGGCGUUUCAUCCUCGUAUAGUGACAACAGCCGCACUUACCCACGCAAGGCGCUAGUUGGAGCUUUUUAA